CAAAGCCAAGCCAAAUCAGCCUAUCUGCUGCCUUGUAUAUAAGCGAUGCCUGUCUUCCUUGCACCACAACUCAUUCAAGUGAAGUGAUAAAACACAAUGAAGAUCGACGAAGGAAUCUCUAACCCCAUCCAUCCACACCACAAACUUAAGCUCGAAUAUACAGAGAUACCCUUCAAUUGUGAUGGUUGUAAGGAAGUCGGCAUUGGCCUCAAAUACAGCUGCCGGCGAUGUGAGUUCGACCUACACAAGGCCUGCGCUAUGCCACCCCCUACCAUCACUCAUCCAUUUUAUAAAAAAUGUGAGUUCCAGUUCAAUUAUAGACCCCCAGGGCAACAUAUGAGGAUAUGCGAUGCGUGUAGAAACGACGUUCUCGGCUUCGUCUACCACUGCAAACGGUGCGAUUUCGAUCCUCAUCCUUGUUGUGCCAACCUUCCCCAAGUCCUGGACGAUGGUGAACAUAAUCUUUACUUGUGCUUCAAGCUAUCGAGCUCGUGCCAUCACUGCGGCGGAAAAGGGCCCGGUUGGUCUUACAGGUCUCAAUGCAAGAGCUAUAAUCUUCAUGUGGCGUGUGUUAAGGAGUUGCUGGUUGAAAGCUGGCAAGCCAUGUACUUGAAUGCUGAUAAGAACAGGAUUAGAGAGAUACAGACCAGGAUCCCGAGCCUCAGUGGGAAACUGCGAAACCAUCAUGGAGGAAGAGGGGGAAAAGUGAUGAAAUGUUGUCAAAUGGCUGGUGGGGCUGUUCGUCUUAUUGUCUCCGCCAUUCUUGGCGAUCCUACAGCUAUAAUUGGUGCGGCAGUGGCUGGUUUUAUGUCCAAAUAAUAUAAGGUCCAGAAGACAAAAUUAAGCCGUAUGGUUACUAAUCAAAUAUAGGAAGUUUUGUCAUUUCGAUGUUUUACAUGUAAUUAUAAGCCCAAGUCUGAGUGUCGAGGGUAUUCUUGUUUGAAAUUUAUGAGUUUGAGUCAUAAUAUGGAUAAUGCAUUUUAUAUGAA